AUAACCCAAAAGCACAGAGAAGCUUCUCUCUAUGAUCAUCAACAUAUAUCUUUUUUGGCCUGUUGAAUCCUGAUUCUUGUUCAAUCUUAGCUUCUACCUCUCUCUUUCUGUCUCUCACUUCAUUCUUUAUUCUUUCCCAUUUUCGUGUUUCCUGAGAAUAAUUUACCUUGGUUUCAUGUCUGUGCCAGAGCAAGACUAGGUAAGUUUAUCAGAGACUCCAACUCCAUCAAUGGAAAGCUCAGACAAGUUUUCUCAGAGAAGAAACGGCUUGAAUCUUAAGGCAACUGAACUACGGCUCGGAUUACCCGGGUCGGAGUCACCCGAGAGGGAUUUGGAUUCGGAGGAUAAGAACGAGUAUCCGUUAGGCAUACUCAAGAAUCUUGUGUCUGGGGCCAAGAGGGGUUUCUCAGACGCCAUUCAUGGUGGUUCUGGGAAAUGGGUUCUCUCUGGCAAAGGUGGUUCUGAUAUGGUUUUGGGUAAAGAUUGUGGCUUGUUCUCUCCCAGAGGUGGUAACUCCGGCAAGACCACUGUCGGGUCGGAUUCCGGCAAUCAUCAAGCGGGUUUGGGUCCCGCCGUUGUGAAAGAUACUAUUCCUCAGCCAACAAAGCCUUUGAAUGAGAAGAAGCCUCAGUUUCCUGCUCCUGCUUCAAAGGCACAAGUUGUGGGAUGGCCACCAAUCCGAUCUUUUCGGAAGAACUCAAUGGCUUCUCAGCCUCAAAAGAAUGGUGAUGAUGCAGAAUCAGGCAAGAGUGGAUGUCUUUAUGUAAAAGUGAGCAUGGAUGGUGCUCCAUACUUGAGGAAGGCUGAUCUCAACAACUUUGGCUCUUACAAGGAACUUUCUUCUGCACUGGAAAAGAUGUUCAGUGGCUUUACAAUGAGUCAAUGCGGCUCUCAUGGAGUUUCUGGUCGAGAUAAUAUGAGUGAGAGUGGAUUGAUGGAUCUUCUUAAUGGAUCGGAAUACGUGCUCACAUAUGAAGACAAGGAUGGUGAUUGGAUGCUAGUUGGUGAUGUUCCUUGGGAGAUGUUCACUGAUUCUUGCAAGAGGAUGAGGAUAAUGAAGAGUUCUGAAGCCAUUGGGUUAGCACCGAGAGCCAUGGAAAAGUGCAGAAGUCGGAACUAGAGGAAUGUGAAACCAGAUUGAAGCAUAUGAUCAUAAAUAUAUAAGAGGUGGGUUUUAUGCAAGUGGUGGAACUGGAAGAGGCUAAAAUGGUUAAGGGCCUUGCCUGUGUUAUAUGUAUAAUUUGAUAUGAGAGAGAUUUAAGUGCCUCAAAACUUAUUAUUAGUUGCUGUUGUAGAUGUUUUAAGUUUUCUUGUGUUUGUGGUAACCCCCUCUUAGUUUUAAUCUAUGUUGUUUCUGACUUAUUCAGGCUAAGGCUAUGUUGCUAUGAAAAUUUUGUAUUCCUUUCCCAAAUCUCUCUCUCUCUCUCUCUAGGUUGAUGUAAGAAGGAAGAUUGCAUUUAGUUUUUCUAUAAUGAAGGAAAAAUAAAGCAGCUUAAAAGA